CCGAGGAGCCGAGCGGCGGCGCCCGCUGACGGUAGAGGGGCGGCAGGAAGCGCGACUGAGCCGAGCCGAGCCGAGCUAGGCCGAGCCCUGCCGGGCCGAGCCGAGCCCCGCCGAGCCAAGCCGAAUCCAGCCGAGCCCCGUGUCGGGGGUUUUUGGCCAUGACGGAGGCAGUGGGGCCGGCGGCCAAGCGCAUCCUGGUGACAGGUGGCACUGGCUUGGUUGGGAGCGCCAUCAAGAAGGUGGUGGCUGAUGGAGAGGGACAGCCGGACGAGGAGUGGAUCUUCGUGUCCUCCAGAGAUGCCGACUUGACGAAUGCCGUGGAGACCAAAGCCCUGUUCGAGCAGCACAAGCCCACCCACGUGAUCCACCUGGCUGCCAUGGUCGGGGGCCUCUUCAAAAACAUCCGCUACAACCUAGACUUCUGGAGGAGAAACAUCCAUAUCAACGACAAUGUCCUGCACUCAGCGUAUGAGAUGGGGGUGCAGAAGGUGGUCUCCUGCCUCUCCACCUGCAUCUUCCCAGACAAGACGACGUACCCCAUUGACGAGAGCAUGAUUCACAACGGGCCACCUCACAGCUCCAACUUUGGCUAUUCCUAUGCCAAGAGGAUGAUCGACAUCCAGAAUAGGGGCUACUUUGAGCAGCACGGCUGCCGCUUCACUGCUGUUAUCCCCACCAACGUCUUCGGGCCACACGACAACUUCAACAUUGAGGACGGCCACGUCUUGCCAGGGCUCAUCCACAAGGUCUACCUGGCCAAACAGACCGGCUCUGCUCUGACCAUCUGGGGCACGGGCAAGCCCAGGAGACAGUUCAUCUACUCUCUGGACCUGGCCCGGCUCUUCCUUUGGGUCCUGCGGGAAUACGAUGAGGUGGAACCCAUCAUUUUGUCAGUGGGAGAAGAAGAAGAAGUCUCCAUCAGAGAAGCAGCAGAAGCGAUCGUGGAGGCCAUGGACUUCAGAGGAGAGCUUGUUUUCGACACCACCAAAGCAGACGGGCAGUUCAAGAAGACGGCCAGCAACGCCAAGCUACGGCGCUACCUGCCUGGCUUCCAGUUCACACCCUUCAGGCAAGCCGUGAAGGAGACCUGCACCUGGUUCACCACCAACUAUGCCAACGCCAGGAAGUGAUGGGCCAACACGGCACUGGGACCAGCAUCAUCCUCUUCAACUCAGGGUUGUCCUUUGCUGGGGCAGAGGACGGGGCUGGGUGGGUGACAGUGACAUUUCCAAAGUAAAAGGGGGCCAGAGCCCUGUGAGCAGCCCCCACAUUCCUGCCUGCUGCUGGGAAUGGUGCAGGAUGCCCAGGGCAGGAGGGGGGAGGAAGGUCGGGGCACCCCAAAGGCACUGGGACCCCAGACUAGGUGGUAGCAGCCAACUGGAGCCACCACCGCCACCUUGGCCAUGUCUGAGAGGCUGGUGGCUCUGGGUGAGCUGUUAUGAGCUACGUUGCUAAUUACCUGUAAUUAAGCUGUAAUAAAGGGAAGGUGGUCAGGGUUCCUCUGGUGCAGGAAUGGCAGCCGGGCAUUUGCUGUUGCUUUCGGCAUGUGGGGAUGGUCCCAAAGCCCCAGCAUCAGGAUGGGGGAGACCAGAAUGGGGAAGGCUCCAACUGUAAAUAUGGCAUUUAUUAAAAUACGUGCAAAUAGUAUAAAA